AAACCAUGCUGAUCAUGCUUUAGACAUUUCUUCAGUGCCAUGGCGCUACAGCCCCAGGCACCUCAAGCGCUGCCAAAGCUUCCUCCCCCGUCAUCUGGACACGGUCCCACUGUUCUUUGCAGCGUGCGUGGUGGUGCCACCGCGCUCCUUCGGUCCGGUGCACCGCUCCGGUGCUGGACAUCGGCCUCGCUGUGCCUCCUCGCUGCCUCACCGCGGACGGCGCGGCGACGGGGUCGGACGGCGCGGCGGCUCUUUGGGUGGGCCUCCUCGCUGGUGGAGGCACCAGCGGAGAAGCUGCGGCGAGAGUUGGACGCGGAACUCCAAGAGGUGAAUGCCUGGGAGCCGCGACUGGCCUCCUUGACCGAUCACGAGCUGUUGGCGCAGGCCGGUGCUUUGCGCGCGAGGGCACGCGCUGGGGAGACGCUGGAGGAGCUGCUGCCGGAAGCCUUCGCCUUGGUGCGGGAAGGCUCCAAACGAACUCUGCAGCUGCGACAUUUCGAUGUGCAAAUCUUGGGAGGCAUCACCUUGCAUCGAGGGCAAGUGGCUGAGAUGGCCACGGGUGAAGGGAAGACGUUGGUGGCCAUUCUACCGGCCUUUCUGAAUGCCUUGACGGGACAUGGGGUCCAUGUGGUCACCACCAAUGAUUACCUGGCUCGCCGGGAUGCUGCUUGGGUCGGACAGGUCUUGAGAUUCUUGGGACUGACCGUGGGCGUCAUCCAGGCGGACAUGUCUUCAGCUCAAAAGCGCGAGGCCUACCGCUGCGAUGUGACGUAUGUGACGAAUCAACAGCUGGGCUUUGAUUACCUCCGUGAUCAGCUGGCAUGUGUUCCAGAAGAGUUGAGACAUCGCCAGGAGAAUCCCUUCAACUGUGCCAUCGUGGAUGAAGCAGACUCAGUGCUGAUCGACGAAGGGCGUACGCCCUUGGUGGUGUCCGCGCAAGCAGAGAUCCCCUCGGAGAAGUAUAGCACAGCUCUGGAGGUCGCAUCCAGCUUGGAGAAGGAUAUCCAUUACACGGUGCUGGAGAAGGAGAAGACUUGCAUGCUGACGGAGCAGGGCGAGGAGCUGGCGAGUCGAGCAUUGGAGCGGGAGGAUCUCUUCGAUCCCCAAGACCCCUGGGCACCCUUCAUCGUGAACGCGCUGACGGCCAAGGAGCUCUACCAGCGGGAUCAGCAGUACAUCGUCCGCGAGAACGCGGUGGUGGUGGUGGAUGAGUACACGGGACGCCCUGUGGAUGGGAGAUCCUGGAGUGAUGGGCUGCAACAGGCGAUCGAGGCCAAAGAGAAGGUGGAGAUCCAAAAGGAAGCUAUUGUCUUGGCCUCAAUCUCUUACCAAUGUCUCUUCCGGAUGUACCAGAAGUUGGCUGGUAUGACCGGCACGGCGUCGGCAGAAGCCGAAGAGUUUCAGAGCAUCUAUGGCUUGGAGGUUCGCCCGGUGCCCUGCAACAAGCCAUGCCAGCGCAUGGAUGAGGAGGACGAGAUCUACACCAGCGAGGCGGGCAAGUGGCGUGCCGUCACGGAGGCUGUUUGUGAGGCCUAUGAGUUGAAGCGGCCGGUCUUGGUGGGCACCACCAGCAUUGAGAGCUCCGAGCUCCUGGCCGAACGCUUGCGGGGCGCCUCAGUGCCCUUCUACCUGCUGAACGCCAAGCCAGAGAACGCCGCGCGCGAGGCGGAGGUCAUCGCAGCGGGCGGCCGCCUGGGGGCCGUGACGAUUGCCACCAACAUGGCUGGACGGGGCACGGAUAUCAUCCUGGGCGGUGAUGGAAAGGCGAUGGCAAAGCUGCACUUGGAGGCAGCAUUGUGCAAAGCCUUUGGCGAGGAACAAGAAAGGCCCCUGGAGUUGUGCCUCCCACUGCCUCAUGCCUUAGCACAAGAGAUGGCAGAUGCCGCCGCGAUGCUGGCUGCCAAUGCUCCUGAAGACUAUCGGUGGUCACUUGCAGAAGCAGCUAUUUGUGAUGGUAUCCAAGAUGAGGUCUCAUCGAAGGCCUUCCAGGCUUCCCUGAACUCCUUGAAGGAGGUCUACCAGAGGGCCUGUGAGGACCUCUCCCUCCGCUGCAGUGCCGAAGGCGAGACAGCAAAGGCUUUGGGGGGCUUGCGCGUGCUGGGCACCGAGCGGCAACACGCGCAACGCAUCGACCAGCAGCUUCGGGGCCGUGCGGGGCGACAAGGUGACCCUGGAAGCUCUCGCUUCUACUUGAGCCUUACCGACAAGGUCUUUCGCGUCUUCGGAGGUGAUAGCAUCCGGCUUCUGACCGCCGAUAUGGGUGGUGCAGACGAUGUCCCGAUCGUGUCGCCCUUGGUGUCUGGAGCGGUCAAUGAGGCACAGGCACAGGUGCAGAGCUUCUUCUUCGGCAUUCGAAAGGAUGUCUUCAAAUAUGAUGAGGUGCUGGACCAGCAGCGGCGGGUGAUCUACUCCGUGCGGCGGAAGGCGUUGCUAGACAGCGAUGAGGAGGUGCUGGGCUCCUUGAAGAGCUUCUGCGAGGAGACCAUGGUGGAGCUCGUCGACCAGAUGGUGAAUGACCCUCUUCCGGCAAUUUGAUGUUGUCACGAAAGGUAGCCUGAUAAGAACUACCUUGAGUUUGCUUUGCGAAGCAAGCGAGUAUCUUGAAACGGGGAAACUCCGGGAAACUCCUCUGUGAAGUGAGGCUAGAGUGCAGGGUCUUGAUGGAUUAGACACAAUCUUUCUGUGGCUGUGGCUUUUGCAGAUCCCUCCAAAGCAAUUUACGUAGAAGAUUAGCAUCAAAGACCCCUCCUGUAUCCAACCUGGCCACCUGAUCACCAGCCCGAGCUCCCUAGAUCAGCCCCUAUAUCAACCUAGCUGAGGUGGAUGAGCCUUUGGAUGCUUGGCCUUUGGAGCGCUUAGCCUUCAAACUCUCCGCCGUCUUCGUGAACUCCUGGGCGACCACCGCCGCCGAGCUCCGCGCGGUGGCCGAGGGCGGCGGAACGACGGGCGCGGCGCGGGCGAAGCAGUUGGGGGAGUGGAUGCAGCAGAAGGCCCUGGAGGCGAUGGAACAGAAGGCUGAGCUGAUUGACGAGGAUGCGCCUGAACUAAGUAAGGCAGUCUAUCGACAGGUGUUUUUGAUGCAGAUUGACAACUACUGGCGAAAGCAUUUGAAGUACAUGAACUUCUUGAGGACCUAUUCAAAGUUUCGAAGCUAUGGUCAGAAAGAUCCCUUGGUGGAGUACAAGCUUGAGGCUUACAAAGCCUUCCAGGUGAUGAUGGGUAAGAUCCGACGGGACACCAUGUACUACCUCUUCACCUUCAUGCCCAGACCGCUCCACCGAGUGCAGCUGGAAGCGACGGAAGCGACCAAAGCUACUGAGCACCCAGAUGGUCCAGGUCCGGUGGUGCCCGGCGCACCAGCUGCGGCCGAGGCAGAGCAACUCCGAGCUUUUUUGGAAGGUCUGGACCGCCCGGUGGCAUCCCUUCGUUCUCCACGGCUCCAGCGUUUAGAGUGUCUCGCGUGCCUGGUGCACGACAGCGGGAGUAGUGGGGCUGAGCUGGUGAGGUGGCUCCGCGGUGAAGGCUUUGAGGUCUGGGAAGACGCCUUCGCGAAGGCCAGCUACGUGAGCUUGGACACUUGGAAUGGCCGGAGCCCGAAGAGCUGAAAAAGGGAACGAGUCAGACUGAUUGGAAGGGGGUCUUUAAGCAAGUUGGGACCGGGAAAGAUGGAUGGGAGGUAGAAAGUGUCGGAGGUACUGUUGGGUGGAUGGAGC